UGUUUACUCAUCUAUCGAUUGUGCUGGAUCAUCCAUACAUAUUCUAUUAUGCACCUGGCUUUGAGUCAAAUAUUUCUGUCCCUCUCAGCCCUACGCUGAAAUAAUCGCCAUACUAGCUGCACAUUCAUUCUGAAGUAUCUAUGUCGCAAACAAAAGGCAAACAUAAAAUCUGUCCAUAGCAAUUAACAUAGUAAUCAUUUUUAAUUUAUUAUACUGUUACAUUUCAUUUUGUAACUCGAACAAAAUGAGUUUAGCUCUUAGUCGUGCCCAUCGGAAGACAGCGGGGAAUCGCAUGUCCAAACUCCUGGAUGCUGAGGAGGAAGACGACUUUUACAAGACAACAUAUGGUGGCUUCAAUGACGAAUCAGGAGAUAAUGAAUACAAAGGCGAUUUGACUGACACAGAAGACGAAGUGGACAGUGACUUCGAUAUUGACGAGGGCGAAGAGCCAGGCAGUGAACAAGAAGACGAUGGCCCUCGAAGGAAAUCUAGGGUUGUCACCAAGGCCUACAAGGAACCAAUCAAGACGAUUAAGCCCAAACUUAAACCCAAGAGGCAAGCAGAGCCCCCCAGGAAGACAGCCAAGGCAAAGACGGACAAGCACAAAGUCCUCGAACCGCAGGAGGACCUCACCAAUAACAGGAAGUCCGUGCGUCAGUCCACCACUGAGCACACACGGCUGACGUACCUGCGGCUGCAGGAGAGGCAGGUGGCACCGCGGCGCAGGAAAGGGGCUCGGCACGAGCGACCUUUGACCCAGGAGGAGCUGCUCGCAGAGGCUAAGGUCACGGCGGAAAUCAACCUCAGAUCGCUGGAGAACUAUGAGCGCCUUGAGGCCGAUAAGAAGAAGCAAGUCCACAAAAAACACCAAUGCACCGGCCCCACCGUCCGCUACCACUCUGUGCUCAUGCCCCUGGUGUCCUACCCGGCCCUGAAGGAAGAGAAUGUGGAUGUUGAAGGUUUGGACCAGGACCCCCAGUGUCCCGCUCCAGCGCCCCCCCAGUCUGAGCCGUCCCUCCCCAGCGCCCAGCCGCACCCCCCGCACGGCAAGUUCUCCCGCACGUACAUCACCUUCAGCGACGACGCCACCUUCCAGGCCUGCUUUCCCCGAACGCCCCGUCCUCAAAUCCCCAUGCAAGAGGUCUGCCCCGUCACCCACAAGCCCGCCCUGUACCGAGACCCCAUCACGGACAUCCCCUACGCCAACCUCCGGGCCUUCAAAAUCAUCCGGGAGGCCUACAACAAGUACGUAGCCGCCCACGGGCUGCCCAACCCUGGCCCUGGUGCAGGCACCAGCACCGCAGCGGUAGAGACCUUCUCAAAGGGACUGAGGCAGAAGCUCACUGUUAAGCAAGGCCUGGUCACAUUUUAGACUGUCAUAUGGGAGGACAGGUGGAUGUUGAGGGGCAGGAUAGCUAUAUACCUCAUAAGAGAUAGGGUAGCGAUAUCUACUGUUGUAAUCAUCACUGUAGCAUUGUGCUGAGCUUUAAAGCCAGUUCAAGCGGAUUGUAUAUUCAUGUACAUUUAUAAGUGUAUUAAUGUAAAUUUGGUAUUCUUGAAUAAUAGAGGAAUGUUUUUGUCUGUUGUGUGUGACAAAGCUUAGUUCAAAUUAGUAUCUUGAAAAAUAUUUGUUGGUAAGGCUUACUACUACUUUGAUUGUACAGCUGGCUGUUAUUUCUGUGUAGUCCUUCUUACAGAGUAAUAAUAAUGUUAUUAUUUGAAAUCUUCCAGUGUCUUACCAAGUGUACAUGCAGCUUGGUGUCAUCAGAAUAUCUUGUCUGAUUUUUCUGAUAAUGUGACUUUCCAUGUUUUCUGCAUUUUUAUUCAGAGUGCAAGAAUGAUGUCUUUUACUUGUGCAUGGUAUGAGCAAUGCCUCCUCACACGGGCAAGUAAGUGCAGAGUGUCUCCAUAAACAUCACAAGUGUUUUCAUAUUCAUUCAUUUGUAAUGGCAAAAUAAAGAUGAUCAAGUUUAG